UACUGUAUCAUUAUAUAUACCACAAGUUUAACCUCUGGCAUCUUUAGCUGGGAAAAGAUGUUCAGAGGCUAGAGAUCCACUGCCAGCCAUGGCAGAGGGUGUGGUUUUAGUGGGUUAAUGGUCUGACUUUUAUAUGGUCACUUCAGUAUUCACAAAAGCUAACUCUGUUUUUGCAGAUGAUAAAUAUGAUCAAGAUUCUGACAGAAAAUGCAGAUAAUGUAUAUGAAAAAAUAGUCCAGUGCCAAAAAGCAGCCAUGGAGUUCCAUGAGAACUUACAAAAUAUAGGAGCAAAGGAAGGAUUGAAAGAGAGAAAACUACAAAAAGCAGUGGAGAGUUUCACCUGGAAUAUUACAAUUUUAAAGGGCCAGGCUGAUCUUCUCAAGUAUGCUAAAAAUGAGGCAUUGGAGAACCUAAAGCAAAUCCACUAUGCUGCUGUUUCAUGUGGAUUGAAUAAACCAGGAUCAUCUGGAAAUGUUGAGUCUUCGAAGCCCCGACGAAGCUUGGAAGCUAUACCUGAAAAGGCAGCAGAAUAAGAUUGAGAAUGAAAGAAAAUUCUCAUUACUUUGGAGUUUAUAACUCUGUAACUGUUGUAGCUGCACAAGAUAUUUUGCUUUGCACUUACUAAUUUUUUUUUGGGGGGGGGAAGAAUCCUAGAGUUUUAAAAGCACAACUGGAGAAGCUAAUUACUGUAUAGUACACUCUCUGAAAACUGUGAAUGUAUGUAGCAACUCUCUACAUGAAGGCAGUUGAAUUCUUUUCAUGAAAAUAGUAUUACUGGCUGAAGCACCCUUUAUAUGUGUAAGAGAUGUAAAUGAUUCAAGAACUGUGUGCAGAAAAUACCAUUGUUACUAAAAGAGAAACAAAUUGGUUUUCUAAAUUUGUUAUAAUGGCGAGGGAAGGAGCUUUUGUCAUUGCUCAGAAAAGUGCCUUGAUUUGUGGAAAAAUCUAGGUGUGUUGUAAUAUAUUUUCCUUGAUUUAGGAGCAGUGCUGUAACAGUUUGGACAAUUAACCCUAUUGCUGCAUAUAUGAUUUGUAAAAAUCAGAUAUGAAAAUUAUGGAAGUGUACACAUUUUACUGAAUUGUGUAAGUGAGGACAUUUUACAGAAUUGUGUGAUUAAGAAACUUGGCAGUGUUCAGGUUGGAAAGUGCUACUGUUGUUUGGGGUUUCUUUUUGUUGUUGUUGAGCCAUAAAUAAAAGGGGGAAUGUAAAUACAAAGUGCUUACUCAUGGCACAGUGCACUGAGGGAGAGCCAUUGCAUAGAAGAAACAUGUGCAAUUAAUCUGCCAUGAAAUGCCUGAGUAAGGCACAUACCUGUUUCCACCCAAGAACAUCUGUAGAUGUCUAAAGCUAAUGUAAAAGUGACCAAAUUGUAAACAAAAUUUUGUAAAUAGUUUUUUUUUUCUAUUUUGUGGAUGUGAAGUAUUCACAUUAAAAU